AAGUGCGGCUGCGGAAACGCGGCGAGGCCGGCGGCUGCGCAGGAGGAAGCCGCUGGAGGCGGCGAGACCUGCGGGGACGCCAUGGGCCGCCUGCACUGCACGCAGGACCCCGUGCCCGAGGCCGUGGGCGGCGAUAUGCAGCAGCUGAACCAGCUGGGCGCGCAGCAGUUCUCAGACCUGACAGAAGUGCUUUUCCAUUUCCUAACUGAGCCAAAAGAGGUGGACCGGUUUCUGGCUCAGCUCUCUGAAUUUGCCACCAACAAUCAGAUCAGUCUUGGCCCCCUCAGAAGCAUUGUGAAAAGCCUCCUUCUGGUUCCAAAUGGUGCCUUGAAGAAGAGUCUCACAGCUGAGCAGGUCCGGGCAGAUUUCAUGACUCUGGGUCUUGGUGAAGACAAAGCCACUUACUUUGCUGAAAAGUGGAAGCAGAAUGCCUUCACCCUUGCUCGAUGGGCCAUAGGCCAGACCCUGAUGAUUAACCAGCUUAUAGAUAUGGAGUGGAAAUUUGGAGUGACAUCUGGGAGCAGUGAACUGGAGAAAGUGGGAAGUAUUUUUUUACAAUUGAAGUUGGUGGUUAAGAAAGGAAAUCAAACUGAAAAUUUGUAUAUAGCUUAGACAUUGUUCCACAUCAAACCAGAGAGAACAGCCACAUUCUUUGUGACAACUGUACCAUGUUUCUUCAAAUGGAUGAUUUAUCUGACCUGGUGGGUGUUCAGUAUGUUCCCAUUUUUUUUCUUAUAAACAGUGCUGCAACUGAAUAGUCUUACAUAUAUGUCAUUUCACAUGCAUGGAAAUAUAUAAGGUAAAUAUAUGGAUGUGGAAUGGCUAGGUCAAAGACUGUGUGCAUUUGUCAGAGUAUAAAAAGGAAUAAAGCAAAAAGGUCCCUCUACCCCAUCUCCCAUGUACUCAGUUCCCCUGCUGUUAGUUUCUUAGGCAUCCUUCUGGACGGUCUUUCCCCUACACAUAAGCAAUAGGAAUUUUACUUUCUGCUCUCUUUUUUUGUUGCUUACACAGAUGAUUAUACAUAUAUAUAUAUAGUGUUCUUAAUAUAUCUUGGAGAUCUCUCCACAUCAGUACAUAAAGAGUCACAUCCCCUUCUGUGCUUGCAGCAUGUUCUGAUAUGUGGAUGGGUCAUAACUGUACAGAGGGAGGUUGAUUUACUGUAAAUGUUUGGCUCACAUGACUGUGGAGGGAGGCUUGGUAAGUCCAAAAUCUGCAGGGUGGGUCAGCAAGCUCGAGGCCCAAGGAAGAGUUGCAGAUUGACUCCAAAGGCAGGCAGUCUGCUGGAAGAAUUCCUUCUUGCGGCAGGAGGCAGAGGAGUCAGUCUUUGUUCUCUGAAGACCUUCAACUGAUUGGAUGACGCCCACCCACAUUAUGGAGGGGAAUCUGCUUUAUUUCGAUUUAAAAGUCCACCAAUUUAAAUGUUAGUCUUAUCCAAAAAACACUUUCACAGAAACAUCCAGAAUAAUAUCUAACCAAGUAUCUAGACACAGUGGGCCAGCCAAGCUAAUAUAUGAAAUUAACCACAGUGCCAAAUUGACCUCUGUAGAGAUUGUUCCAAUUUAUGCAAGAUUACUGUCCACAAAUACCAAAGAAGAAUAAAUUGGCAUCUUUGGACAAUG